GAUUUCCUUUCUUUUAAUUCAGAAGAGGUUGAAGAGCAAAAAAGUGCCUUUCUUCCCCGUUUCUCCUCUCACUAUUCCUGAUAUAAGUGACGGACAGGAGGGAACCUCUCUCAGUACAGAUUAUGUGACGCAUCCUCAUUUGCAGUUUUCAUCCCCUGGCAUGGGUGUAUCAGGCUCCAGGACUUCCUUUUUGGCUUUCCUCCUAGGCCUCAUUUCUGGCUUUUUUAGCAUCUUCUACCUUGUGCAAAACCUGACAUGGGAAGGAUCCCUACGUCUUGACCUCCAGAUGCUGCAUGACUCCAAGGAUCUAGAAAGCAUGUUGGCUAAAUCAGCUCUUGCACACUUACACCAAGCAGGUGAGGAGAGCAGUGUGGCAGAUGAACUGUAUGACAAGGUGCGGAUUCUGUGCUGGGUGAUGACAGGGCCCCAAAACUUGGAGAGGAAAGCCUACCACGUCAAGGCCACUUGGACCCGUCAUUGCAACGUGGUGGUUUUCAUGAGUUCAGUGGAGGACAAAGACUUCCCCACUGUAGGACUGGGUACCAAGGAAGGCAGGGACCAGCUCUACUGGAAAACCAUCAAGGCUUUCCAUUAUGUGCAUGCGCAUCACUUGGAACAGGCCGACUGGUUCCUCAAAGCAGACGACGAUACCUUCGUGGUGCUCGAAAACCUCCGGUGGCUGCUCUCCAACUACUCCUCCAGCAGGCCCAUCUAUUUUGGGAGGCGCUUCCGGCCCUUUGCCAAGCAAGGCUAUAUGAGUGGGGGUGGGGGCUACGUCCUGAGCAAGGAGGCCCUGCGUCGUUUCGUUGCGGGCUUUGCCACCAAGGUCUGCAGCCACACGUCAUCCGUGGAGGACCUGGCUCUGGGCCAGUGCAUGGAGAAGAUGGGCGUGGAGGCCGGAGACUCCCGAGACACGAGAAAGCGGGAGACCUUCCACCCUUUUGUGCCUGAGCAGCACUUGACAGGGAAGGUCUCAAAAAGCUCCUGGUACUGGUCUUAUUCCUAUUAUCCUGUUGUGGAGGUAGGUGGCACACUAAGCUUUCUUCUGCAAUAGUUUACAAUUUACAAA